AUGACAGGUGUCAACAGGGCUCAUGCUGUGGCGAACGGAUCCAACAAAAAGAGAAAAUUAUCUUACCUCUCCACAUCGUCACAACUUCCAAAUAGGACGCAUCUAUCCUUGUUCACUCUAUCAUCAUCGCCAUCCUCCUCUUCUUCUUCCUCUCGUUCAUCCCUUGCUACAGCCAUGAUAUACGUAUUAGCGUUAUUACUUUCAUUAUUGUCAUUAAUAUCAACACCAUCACAAUAUUCCACUUCGCUGAUAACAGCUCAAGUCAUUCCACAAUCAUCCGCUCUCUACCAAAAUGCUGUGGUUAUGCCACCCACAACCUCCAAAUUGCCUGCGAAAAUGGUUUUGGAAUGGGAGGAGCGAAGUACAAUGACCGAUUUAUUACCUUUCUCGUCAAGCUGUGCACUGAAUGGCUAUGUAAAUACUGCAGACUCGAACGAUGUGAAUAACAAUAUUAAUAUGCGUGGGUUGAAAAGCUUGAGAUGGCGACUCAGUCUUGGAAUUUCCAACCGAUUUGUAAAUACAUUUUUCGGCUUUUCUGAUGGAAGUAAUGGAGCUCUUUGGGAUGCCAUCAAGAGAGUUUCUGCACAAUCGUCACAGAGAAAAGAUAAUGUCUAUUCGUCGGAUGUGAGAGGAAAGUGGACCACAAGUGGCUCCACUUCGGUGUCAGAUGCAUCUGUUCGAGUGAACUUUUACUCAUCAUUUGGCUCUUAUAGAGAAGGUUCUCGUGUGAGUGACACAAAUCCAAUCUCGACGCCAACCUUUGCUAAUUAUGUUCCGUUGUCAUCUCUCAAUCUAACAUUUGGAGAUGUGUUUACAAGCACCAAAAUGCUGUACAACACUCAGGGAAUACUCAGCUCUCGAAACAGGGUGUCUCUCAUCGCAGACACUUCUGCACUCAAAGCUGCAUCCAAUUUAAGUGUCUCUGUUGGUUCGAUAUUAGAAAAAAUUGGAAGUGGAAAUCGAUCGAUUGAAGACAAUUCAAUUUUGGAUUCGAGUGGUUUUUCAGUUCCAUACUUUUUGAGAUCUAGAUCCGAACUCUCCAUGGAUAAUAUUCAAAAGACAGGUCGUAUUGCAGUGUUGAACUCGUAUGAAAAUCAAGUCACAACUUAUGAUUUUACAUUCCGUACCACAAAUUGUUAUCGAGACAUUGUUGGUAGUUCUUCUUCCAGUAAUGGAAAUAGGGAAAUUUACUUCUUUGCUUUCGUUGGCAGCUAUUUCCCUUUGAUGAAUUCAACCAUUACUCGCAAACUUUCAACUGAUUGGGACAGCAACUUUGCUCAAUUUAUUUUAGUUUACAAUUUGACUGACUUUUUCAAUCAACCCUCUUCGUUUGCAGCGACUACAUCAUCAUUUGCCUCAUUAUUGAACAGUAACAACAACCACUGGAAUGAACAGUCAAUGCAUGAAACUGAUCUAAUGCAACAAACUCAAUCCUCUACAUUCCAGGAUGCAUCAGCUGUGGAAAUUUAUUCCAUGUUUCACUACAACCCAACCGAUACUUAUAGGCAAUUACGUUAUUUGAGAAUGUCCAUUGUGCUCUUCUUCAGUCUUGUGAUCAUGAUCAUUCUUGUCCUUUCAAGAAAGAGUCAACCGGUGAAAUCUCGUUUCCUUAUCAACGGUUCUGUAUGUGCAGUUGCCAUUGUUUAUGGUUUGUUGGGUAUUAUUUUCGCUGCUGCCUUGUCAAAUUAUGACAGUAUUGUCAGUUCCAUGGAAGUACUCUUUUAUUUGGUGUUGGGAUUCUUGUACGUGCUUUCAGCCAUGAGAUACUUCUUCUCAAGAAAUUUGUAUCGUACCAUGAGAAUUAAUUUUUCAUCAGAUGCCAAAUCUAAGAAGAAGGAUAAGAGAAUGACACAUCAUGGCAGAAAGAUUUCCAAAACCUCUCAAUCAUUUGAAGAACGUCAAUUGAAAUUAUUGAGAUUGUUGGCAAAUCUUGCAUCUUGGAAAGUAUUCCUUGUGGGUGUCAUUCUCGUUUUGAUCGUUAUUUGUGCCCUUUCAUUGUUUAUUUUGAUUUCAGUGGUCACAGGAACUGCUUCCACCUUUGAUCAACCAAUUUCUACAAUUGCAACCUACACGAAAUUGGCUGGAUUGUUGGGAUUGGUGGUCCCAACUGCCAUUCUUUCCAUUAUUAUUGAUGCUAUUAUCAAUGCUAAGAAAGUGAUUAAGAAGGGUCUUCAUUGGUAUUUAAUUCAAGACGAUCCUCUCUUCUUUAGAUUGGAAUUUGGUGUUUUUAUUCCAGCAGUAAUUUUUGGAGUGUUGCUCUUCAUUUUGGAUCAAUACUAUAACACUUUGAAUUGGUUUGACUUGAAUCAACGUGCUGUUAUUUACUUGGUGCACGGUUUAAUUUACUCAUUAUUUGAGUUUUCACUUGUCAUGUUAGGUUGUGGCGGAUUCGUUGCCGUGGUUUACCUUAUUCAAUACAGCAGAAUGGCGGUGAGAAGAAAAUCCUUGCUUCCAGUUCCAGAACCAAAAGCCAACGACGGCUCAACACUUGGAAAGAAGACAGAAUUUGAACAAUUCAUGUGUGACGAUGAAGCUCGUGUCAUGUUGCAACAAUAUUGCGAACGUGAAUUUUCUUUGGAAAAUUAUUUACUCUUUGAGCUUGUUGAGGAAUUGUCUGUGUUAGCUUUGCAAGAACAGACACAACAGGGAUCUUUGAACAAGAUUGCCAUGUCACCUGCACUACAAAAACCUUCUGUUGUGACUGGAGAAAUGGUGGAGGAAAGAGAAGCCCUUUCAACCACUUCCAUUUCAGUCAAAAAGAGUUCAUCAGGAAGCGCCAUGCUGUCUUCAGACAAUACUCUUGUCAACUCAUCGUCUGGUUCUCUCUCACCACGCCCAAGUCAUCAGCCACCAGAACAACAACACUUGAAUGUGGAUGAACCUGGUUCUCCGACUUCUCCUUCUGCAAAGAUGCUCACAAAGGGCAAUAGAGAAAGUGUCACACAACAAAUUGAUCGAAUUAUUUUGAAAAUUUUAAAGACCUACUUGAAUGAAAAUUCUGUUUUGGAGGUCAACUUACCAAAUACCACUAGAAAGAUGGUAUUAUCAUGCUUUAGAAAGAGACUUUAUGCUGACGAUGUCAGUAAAUUCAGUGGUACCAAAUCAAUGGAUCACAUUCCAGAACGAACAGACGACAAACCAAUUGAACUGCUCGAUCUUACCGUUUUGGACACGUUGAAACAAGAUGUAUGGCUCAACUUGAAAGAUACAUUUGGAAGAUUGCAACUCACUCACGAGUACAAUUUAUAUAAGGCAAAGAAGUCCUUGGAAAAGGAAUUGAAUGUAGUUUAA